GAAAUUAUGGGAGCAGUGUUUGCUACACAGGAUAACUGAUAUUUGUUGUAGUAACUUCAGGUUCAGGGUAACUUUUAUGAUCAACGAGAAAAGUAAGAACCCUCACGGAGGUAACCUGAUAAUCUCCCACAGUGUUUCAAAAGUCUAUGGGCUAUUUCAACCAUUCUGAAGACUGUUACUAGCAUGUAGCUAACGAUAGCUAACAAACAUCAACCGGAAGCAACUGACAACAAAAUUUCAAUGUCUUGCACUUUAAGUUCCCCAGGCAUGAACGGCAGCCUGGACAAAGUCUUGGCUGACGCCAAAUCUUUAGUGGAGAGGCUUCGUAACCAUGACAAUGCUGCUGAGAUGCUGAUUGAACAGACAACGUUCCUCAACAAGCGAGUGGAGGCCAUGAAACAGUAUCAAGAGGAGAUCGAUGCAUUAAACCAGGUGGCACGACACCGACCUCGAUCUAGUCUGGUCCUUGGAAUCCAGCAAGAAAAUCGUCAGAUCAGAGAGCUGCAGCAGGAGAACAAAGAGCUGAGGUCGUCAUUGGAGGAACACCAGUCUGCACUGGAGCUCAUCAUGACCAAAUACAGAGAGCAGGUCUUCAGGCUCCUGAUGGCCAGCAAGAGGGAUGACCCCACCAUAGUGAGCCAGCUGAAGGAGCAGCACACCACUGAAAUGCAAGCUCACAUUGACAAGAUCAAUGAAAUGGCUUCUGUAAUGAGGAAGGCCAUAGAGGUGGACGAAGGUCGGAUAUGUGAGGAUGAGGAGAGGAUCAAACAACUGGAGCUGGAGAACACUGGACUUCGAGAGUUACUUGGAAUCAGCCGUGAGGCUUUUCUCAUCCUCAAGAGAGAAGACGCGUCAGAGAGCACCUCGUUGUCACCGUUGCUAACCAGCGCAGAUGUCAGUUUACGGAAAAGUUAGAGUCCAGCACGCUGCCGACGCCCUCGUCUACACACCCGCCGCCGCCGCCGCCGCGUACGUCAUGUUUACUCUGAUGCCACAAACCACUUGUUGAUACCUGGAGACUUGACCUGAUGAUGCUUCAGCUUCUUAACCUGCAGAGACUGCUUUGUGCUGGAAUGUAUUUGUGGAAAGGAUACAAACGCUGCGCUGAUGUUCUUCUUCUUUUUCUUUUCAAAAGUUACUGGUGUAGUUUGCUAAUUUUGGCAGCUUUCAUGAGUCUGUGAUGUGUGUAAAAAGGUGUGAAUGUGAAGGUUGAAUAAAUGUGAACAUGUGAUGAUGGAGGACUGUGAUGUUGCUGUUCCUCCCAGUGGUCUGUGCUGACACUUCACUUGUUGUUGCCGGUCAUUUCUCACCAGAACUCAUUCUGUGGAGAUGCAUCAGUAAUUAUUCACAUCACGUGGCUGUUCAGCAGCAGUGAUCCACCUUGUUGUUGUCGUCAGCUGCUCACCUCAGGCUGACGGGUCACACCUGAGUCACAGAGUCCUAAAAGUUUGGUCUGAUUUAGAAUCAGAUCCUGUUCACUCAGUUCAAUAAAGGGUUUGAAGAAAAAAAAAA